AGACUUGUACAUUACACACAAAAGCUAUCAACUAUGACUUGCUAUGCCAGUUGAUACAAUCGUUUUGUUUGGCUUGAGAGAAACAAGAAUACGGCACGGAAGUAAGCAUUUGGAGCUGCUGCUGCCGCGAAGUGCACCUGACGGUCCUUACUGUUCUGGGCUCAUUUUUAACAGGCAGAUAAAUAUCAAUUAUGUCUCUCUACAGCACACUUCGCUAUUCACUGAUUAGCUCGAAAGUGGGCGGACUGUGCGGCCCGGCGGCUGCCCGGCUCGCCUCCUCCUGGACGGGCCGCGAGGAGCUGAAGGAUGACGACCCGGAGAUGUGGAGCCUACUGCAGGAGGAGAAGGACCGCCAGGUGCACGGACUCGAGCUCAUCGCCUCUGAGAACUUUGUCAGCCGCGCCGUCCUGGAGACGAUGGGCUCCUGCCUCCACAACAAAUACUCGGAGGGCUACCCGGGACAGAGGUACUACGGCGGCACGGAGGUGGUAGACAAGGUGGAGCUGCUGUGUCAGCAGCGCGCGCUGGACCUGUACCGCCUGGACCCGGCGCGCUGGGGAGUCAACGUGCAGCCCUACUCGGGCUCUCCGGCCAACUUUGCGGCGUACACGGGAGUGCUGGAGCCGCACGAUCGACUGAUGGGCCUGGACCUGCCCGACGGCGGACAUCUGACUCACGGCUUCAUGACCGAGAACAAGCGCAUCUCUGCGACGUCUGUGUACUUCGAGUCGAUGCCGUACCGUCUGGACCCGAGCACGGGCUACAUCCACUACGACAAGCUGGAGGAGACGGCGCGCCUGUUCCGGCCGCGACUUAUCAUCGCCGGCACCAGCGCCUACUCGCGCCUCCUCGACUACCCGAGAUUCAGAAAGAUCUGUGACGACGUGAAGGCGUACCUGUUGGCGGACAUGGCGCACAUCUCGGGCCUGGUGGCGGCCGACGUUAUCCCCAGCCCGUUCGACUAUGCCGAUAUCGUCACCACGACCACGCACAAGACGCUGCGCGGCGCCAGAGCGGGUCUGAUUUUCUUCCGGCGCGGUGUGCGCUCGGUGGAUAAGAAGGGCAAGGAGACGCUGUACGACCUCGAGUACCGGGUCAACUCGGCCGUGUUCCCGGCGCUACAGGGCGGGCCGCACAACCACGCCAUCGGCGGCGUGGCCGUGGCGCUCAAACAGGCGAUGAGCCCCAUGUUCAAGGAAUACCAGCUGCAGACGCUGAAGAACUCCAAGGCCAUGGCUGCGGCGCUCAUCAAGAACGGAUACUCGGUCGUGUCGGGAGGCACCGAUAACCACCUAGUGCUGCUGGACCUGCGUCCCAAGCAGCUGGACGGCGCUCGCGUGGAACUCAUCUGCAACCUGUGCAACAUCACCGUCAACAAGAACUCUGUGCCGGGAGACAAGUCGGCGCUGAACCCCGGCGGCCUCAGGCUCGGCGCCGCCGCACUGACAUCUCGUGGCAUGAACGAGAACGACUUUGUGUUCAUGGUGGGCUUCAUCGACGAGGCGGUCAACAUCGCCACAGAGCUCAAGGCAAAAACCGGCAAGAGUCUGAAGGACUACAAGGCCGGCCUGGCGUCCGACGCCGAAACGGCAGCCAAGAUAGCCGAUCUCAGGAAGCGAGUGCGCGAGUUCGCCAAGCAGUUCCCGAUGCCCGGCUUUGACGACCACUAAGUGCCGUGCGCCAAGCCACAGCCGCCGGCCGCCGCCUUGAACACGGUCAGAUGCGAUCGGGCUGGUCGGGGCCCAUUCUUCCGAGAUCAGGGGAACCUUCAGCGGGUACUGUUGACCGUUUGUUUUGUCAGAUAAUGGUGUGUGCUACCAUUGAUGUUUUUUAUUAAAACGGUCGUUUUUUUCAGUUACCUGUUCAGGUAUUUUGAAGGUCGAUUUUACGAGGACGUCAUGUGAAGCCAUGACUGCACAGUGCACAGUAUGCACGUGCUUAUUCUUAUCCAUGCCGAUUGAUAUGAAUGAGGAAGCUAUUUUUAGGAGUCUAGGACGAUAUCAGCCCAGGAUAUUCUGCCGCAUUCUCCCAAUGCUAACUCAUGAUACCAUGACAGGUCGAUGUCUGGAGAUACGGUGUAGCGGUACAUUUAUAUAUAAAACAUUGGGGCCCAUUUUCGGGCAGGCCAUGCAGUGCGUGUUGGCCAUUCCCAUGCGUCCCGCUCAUUCAGUGACAGCAGCUCGCUGCCGUCACAUGUGUUAUAGCUGUGUAUAUACUAGAAACACCACUUUCAGUGGCGCUGCCCCUGCCGGCCACUGCCAAAGCCGUGUCCAAGAGUGUGACUGCCCAGCCCCCCUCCCUUCCUCUCUCCCUCUUUCCUCCGCUGACUCCCUCUCCCUCCGUUCCUUCGACAUUGUACUUCACUUGUUAGAAGUAGGAGCUGCGUCUGUGGCCACUGGCGGGUUCUGUGCAAUUCGAGACUUUCCACUGAGGGUGGUGACUUGCUCAUCUGUCCUAUAGCGACGGAAGAUGUCUCUCAUCUGUUUUCUUAGUUUCAAGUCGAGUGUGGGCCUAGUCGUAAGAGAUAUGUCGGCUGUGUAGAAUUACUUAGAAAGAUGCUAUUGGGUUUGUAGAUAUCUCGCACCAAAUAACGAGAAAUAAGUUCGUUCACGACCAAACGAGGGCUCUAAACCCCAGCACUACUUACUCGAUGACGAAUGCCAUUUCGAUUUGCUCUCGUCCAAUGUCCCCCGUUCUCCACUUCCGUUUCGCUAUGUGUUUAUCGUAUUUCCACACACAUUUUCACUCGCUUUGCCUGUUGGAUGCUGCCUGAGCAGGGAGCCCUGUGUUCCAACUGUGUGUUAUGCAGUGUCCCGGCGGUCUGAUGUCGCCUGUGCCGCCAUCUAUGCUGUUCAUCCGCCGUGACCUCCCGUCGCAGUGAUAUGCGAUUCUCGAUGGGGUUUGGUUUUGCUCCCAAACCGUGUGUGCGUAGUGUAUUUCGUGUAUCUUUUCGUGGGUUUUUAAAUAUAUUAUUUGGAUAUUA